UGCCCGCCCAUAUGCAGGGUGACACACCUUAAUCCAUUCACAGUAUCCGUACAGCGCUCAAAUAGCACCUGGAACGUGCCUGUGCCUGUGACGACCUUCAGCAAGACAAUGAAAAUGAGAUGACAGUUAUAAACAAACCAUGGAGACACCUCAUCCCACGGCAGGAUGGGAGCAGGUUGGCGAGCGGUUCUACCGCAAGACCCAGCUCUACACGGCCAUUUUCGACCAGGACCUAGACCUGGACGACUAUAUCGUUGCCGGAGCUCCAUAUGGCGGUGCUAUAGCUCUAUACCGAGACGAAAGCAAGAUAGUUGCUUUCCGGGCCAACAGGCCAUCAAAGCCAAGCAUCGACAUUCAUAGCUGUGCUGGCAAGCUACUGAGGAGCAUCAAGUGGGACCAAGGUCCUAUUAAAGGGCUGGGCUGGUCUGAGGACGAGAAGUUGCUCGUAAUCACCGUCGACGGCACCGUGAGAUGUUACUAUGGCCUCCAAGAUGACUUCACCCAGUUCUCCCUGGGCAAUGGCGCCGAGGAAUUCGGUGUAAAGUCCUGCAGAUUCUACGACACUGGCCUUGUUGCCCUCUUGUCAAAUAACACCUUGAUAUCUGUUUCUUCGUAUGAGGAGCCACGCCCCAAGUUACUUGCCUCACCACCAGAGGGGGACGUCCAUUCCUGGUCGCUUAUCCCUCCCAACUACACUCUCUCGCGUUCAGUCGAGGUCCUCCUCAGCAUCGGCCAGACCGUUUACGUUGUGGACGCUACCGAAUGUGAGGACCGCUUUCUUGAUAUCGGUCCCUUCACUCGGAUCAGCGUCUCGCCCAACGGGAGGUUUGCCGCUCUGUACACCGACACUGGCAAUGCCCAUGUCAUCACCAGCGACUUCCAGACACGCCUGAGCGAGCACGACUCCAAAUCGAAGAUCCCGCCAAAGUACCUGGAGUGGUGCGGCAAUGAUGCCGUCGUAAUUGCCUGGGAGGACGAGGUUCACGUCAUUGGACCGGGGGCCGCGGCGGCCGAGUUCUUCUACGAUGGCAGAAUCCAUAUAAUUCCUGAUACCGAUGGAGUGAGGGUCAUCAGCAACAGCGUUUGCGAUUUCAUACAAAAAGUCCCUGAUGUCACCGAAGAGGUGUUCGGCUUCGGUACUGACUCGCCAGCAUCCAUCCUACUCGAUGCGGUCCAGCAGCUGGAGAUGCAGUCUCCCAAGGCCGACGACGAAAUCCAGCUGAUCCGGCCAAGCUUGGUCGAGGCCGUUGACACCUGUGUCAAUGCUGCGGGGCACGAGUUCAGCAUCCACUGGCAGAAGCAGCUGCUUAAGGCCGCCUCAUUCGGCAAGUCCGUCCUGGACAUAUACAACAGCGACGAGUUCGUCGAGAUGUGCGAGACACUGCGCGUCCUCAACGCCGUUCGCUUCUUCGAGGUUGGCCUCCCGCUCUCCUACGAGCAGUACCAGCGUCUGUCGCCAGCGGGCCUCCUCUCCCGCCUCCUCAACCGCCACGAGUACCUCCUGGCCCUCCGCGUCGCGGGCUAUCUCCGCCUCCCGACCGACAAGAUCUACGUCCACUGGGCGUGCGUCAAGGUGCGCAUCGGCUCCGAGGACGACGACACCAUCUGCCGGAUGGUGGUCGAGAAGCUGUCGGGCAAGCCGGGCAUCUCGUUCGAGGCCAUCGCGCGGGCCGCCUACGACGAGGGUCGCGGCCGCCUGGCCACGGAGCUGCUAAACCAUGAGCCCCGCGCGGGCCGCCAGGUGCCGCUGCUGCUCAGCAUGGAGGAGGACGAGCUCGCACUAGACAAGGCCGUCGAGAGCGGCGACACGGAUCUGAUGCACUUUGUGCUGCACCACCUUAAGCACAAGCUCCCAUUGGCGGCCUUCUUCCGCGUCAUCAACACCCGCCCGACAGCCACUGCGCUAGUGGAGGCCUCGGCCCGCCACGGCGGCAGCGACGGCGACGGCGAGGACACGGUCCUGCUCAAGGACCUCUUCUACCAGGACGACCGGCGCGUCGACGGGGCCGACGUCUUUGUGCGCGAGGCGCUCCGGCAGCCGGACGGGCGCACCGCGGCCGACAAGCUCGCGCUCGCGGCCCGGCUGCUGUCGGACGGCGCGCGCGAGACCGCCCCCGAUCUGGCCGCCCUCCGCGAGGCGGCCGCCCUGCUGCGCGCCCAGGAGGCCCUCGACCGCGACCUGACCGACUCGUUUGCGGGGCUGAGCGUCAACGAGACCGUCUUCAAGCUCGUGCGCUUGGGGUACCACGGCCGGGCCAAGAAGAUACAGAGCGAGUUCAAGGUGCCGGAGAAGGUGGCCUGGUGGAUUAGGCUUCAAGCCCUCGUGGCUAAGCGCGACUGGAACGAGAUCGAGGACAUCUCCAAGCAGAGAAAGAGCCCCAUCGGCUGGGAGCCGUUCUACAACCUCGUCCUGCAAGCAGGCAACCCGCGGCUGGCGUCCGUGUUCAUACCCAAGUGCGCGGGCCUCGAGCCGGGCCAGGCGGUGGCCAUGUACGAGAAGUGCGGGAUGCGCGUGCGCGCCGCCGAGGAGGCCGCCAAGGCCAGGGAUGCCGACGCCCUCGCGCGCCUGCUCGAGGCCGCCGGCCGGGACACAGUCGAGGGGCGCGAGAUUGAGAGGAUCGGGAAGGCGGCUGUUAAGAGGUGAGCUUAAGGAGCGCCCGGGGGGGGGGGGUGUUGUUUGGUUUGUUCCGGUGGGGGGAAGAAGAAUGAUAUAAUGCUGUAUAUUGGCGAGCGGCCUUGCUUCGAUCGCUUGAUAGAUUCGUUCGGCUUGAAUCUUUGGGUACAUCUAUCCAGCCGUAGGGCGACGUCUCCGGCAUUGUAAGAGAAUGGGCCAACUCGACCGCGACGGAGCUUAUAACCGUGGCUUGACGAUUAUGAACCCGAAACCCCUGACGGAAGACCGGCCAAAAAUGCCCACGGUUGA